AUGGCUUCCUCGGAAGCCUAUUCCCGGUUAAGCCAAGUAGUUUCCCCUGCUUUAGAAAAAAUCAUAAAAAAUGCGUCGUGGCGAAAGCAUUCGAAACUAGCACACGAAUGCAAAUCCGUCCAAGAAAUUCUCACGUCACCACAACCGCGACAACAACCUCCUCCGCCUUCCCCUUCGGACGAUUCCUCCCCCUCCGAAUCCUCUCUCCCUGGCCCACUCCAUGACGGCGGGUCUCACGAGUACUCCCUCGCCGAAUCUGAAUCAAUACUCAGCCCUCUGAUCAACGCGUGCAACACUCAAUUUCUCAAGAUCGUUGAUCCAGCCGUCGAUUGCAUCCAGAAAUUGAUAGCGCAUGGGUACCUACGUGGCGAAGCAGACCCCACCGGAGGUACAGAAGCGAAAUUGUUAGCUAAAUUGAUUGAAUCUGUGUGUAAAUGCUACGAUUUAGGGGAUGAUGGUGUAGAAUUGUUGGUUUUGAAAGCCCUGUUAUCUGCCGUUACGUCGAUUGCGUUAAGGAUUCAUGGAGAUUGUUUGUUACAAAUAGUGAGGACUUGUUAUGAUAUUUAUCUAGGGAGUAAAAAUGUGGUUAAUCAAACCACGGCGAAAGCCUCGUUGAUUCAAAUGUUAGUUAUUGUGUUUAGGAGAAUGGAGGCUGACUCGUCUACGGUUCCGAUUCAGCCAAUUGUCGUGGCUGAAUUAAUGGAACCAGUGGAGAAAUCGGAUGUGGAUGGGUCAAUGGCAGUGUUUGUUCAAGGUUUUAUAACGAAAAUUAUGCACGAUAUUGAUGGGGUUUUGAAUCCAGGGACACCAAGUAAGGCUUCGAUGAUGGGGGCACAUGAUGGGGCUUUUGAGACUACAACUAGUACAGUGGAGAGUACAAAUCCGGCAGAUUUGCUUGACUCCACUGAUAAGGAUAUGUUGGAUGCGAAGUACUGGGAGAUUAGUAUGUAUAAGACGGCUUUGGAAGGGAGGAAAGGGGAGUUGGCGGAUGGGGAAGGGGAGAGAGAUGAUGAUUUGGAAGUGCAGAUUGGGAAUAAGUUGAGGAGAGAUGCAUUUUUGGUGUUUCGAGCACUUUGUAAGUUGUCUAUGAAAACGCCACCCAAAGAAGCAUUGGCAGAUCCACAGUUGAUGAGAGGGAAAAUUGUCGCGCUGGAGUUGUUGAAGAUUUUGUUGGAGAAUGCUGGUGCUGUUUUUAGAACUAGUGACAGGUUCUUAGGUGCCAUCAAGCAAUAUCUAUGUCUUUCACUGUUGAAGAACAGUGCUUCAAGUCUAAUGAUCAUUUUCCAGCUUUCUUGCUCCAUUUUCAUUAGUUUGGUUUCAAGAUUUAGAGCUGGAUUGAAAGCAGAGAUUGGAGUGUUUUUUCCUAUGAUCGUUCUCAGGGUUCUGGAAAAUGUUGCUCAACCUAAUUUUCAGCAGAAGAUUAUAGUGCUUCGGUUUCUAGAUAAGCUCUGUGUUGAUUCCCAGAUCUUGGUAGACAUUUUUAUUAAUUAUGAUUGUGAUGUCAACUCAUCAAACAUAUUUGAGAGAAUGGUCAAUGGACUUCUUAAAACUGCUCAAGACUGGAUGAAUAAACAAUUGCGCAUUCCAGAUCCUCAUUCUACCAAGAAACCUGAUGCAGGCGAGAACAAUCGUGAAGCUGGAAGUCUUCCCGUGGCAAAUGGUAAUGGGGAGGAGCCUGUUGAAGGAUCAGAUUCUCAUUCUGAAACCUCCACUGAAGCUUCAGAUGUCUCAACUAUUGAGCAACGACGUGCUUACAAGCUGGAACUUCAGGAAGGUAUAUCUCUUUUUAAUCGGAAGCCUAAGAAAGGAAUUGAAUUUCUAAUCAAUGCAAAUAAAGUGGGUAAUUCAGCAGAGGAGAUUGCAGCCUUUCUUAAAAAUGUUUCUGGCUUGAACAAGACUCUGAUUGGUGAUUACCUUGGGGAAAGAGAAGAUUUGUCCCUAAAAGUGAUGCAUGCUUAUGUGGAUUCUUUUGAUUUUCAAGGCCUGGAGUUUGAUGAGGCUAUCAGGGUCUUUCUACAGGGCUUUAGGUUACCAGGUGAGGCACAGAAGAUUGAUCGAAUUAUGGAGAAGUUUGCCGAACGUUACUGCAAAUGUAAUCCAAAAGUCUUUAGUAGUGCUGACACAGCCUAUGUCCUUGCUUACUCUGUGAUAAUGCUCAAUACUGAUGCUCAUAAUCCCAUGGUGAAGAAUAAGAUGUCAGCUGAUGACUUUAUAAGAAACAAUCGUGGCAUUGAUGAUGGGAAAGAUCUACCUGAGGAGAACUUGAGAUCAUUGUUUGAACGAAUAUCAAAAAAUGAGAUCAAAAUGAAAGAAAAUGAUUUGGCUCUCCAACAAAAGCAGUCUUUGAAUUCAAACAGAAUAUUAGGCUUGGACAGUAUCCUGAACAUUGUGAUCCGCAAGCGGAGUGAAGAAAAGCAUAUGGAAACAAGCGAUGAUCUUAUCAGGCACAUGCAGGAACAAUUUAAAGAAAAAGCUCGAAAAUCUGAGUCAGUUUAUUAUGCUGCAACAGAUGUGGUGAUUCUUAGAUUCAUGAUUGAGGUAUGCUGGGCUCCUAUGCUGGCUGCCUUCAGUGUGCCUCUUGACCAAAGUGACAAUGAAGUGGUGAUAGCUCUGUGUCUUGAAGGCAUCCGCUGUGCUAUCCAUGUUACUGCUGUGAUGUCCAUGAAGACUCAUAGAGAUGCUUUUGUGACUUCAUUAGCUAAGUUUACUUCACUCCACUCUCCUGCUGAUAUCAAGCAGAAAAAUAUUGAUGCCAUCAAGGCAAUAGUUACAAUUGCAGAUGAAGAUGGGAAUUAUUUGCAAGAAGCUUGGGAACAUAUUUUGACUUGUGUAUCACGCUUUGAACAUUUGCAUCUUUUGGGAGAGGGUGCUCCUCCAGAUGCUACCUUUUUUGCUUUUCCCCAGAAUGACUCUGAAAAGUCAAAACAAACUAAGUCAACCAUCCUCCCUGUUCUGAAAAAGAAGGGACCUGGGAGGAUGCAGCAUGCAGCUGCUAGCGUGAUGAGAGGUUCGUAUGAUAGUGCUGGUAUUGGUGGAAAUACUGCUGGGGCAGUCACAAGUGAACAGAUGAACAAUUUAGUCUCCAAUUUAAACAUGUUGGAAAAAGUUGGAAGCUCUGAGAUGAACCGCAUAUUCACACGGAGCCAAAAGUUAAACAGCGAGGCAAUAAUUGACUUUGUCAAGGCUCUUUGCAAGGUUUCCAUGGAGGAACUGCGAUCAGCUUCUGAUCCACGGGUCUUUAGCCUUACAAAGAUUGUUGAGAUUGCGCACUAUAACAUGAACCGCAUCAGGCUUGUAUGGUCAAGCAUCUGGCAUGUGCUUUCUGAUUUCUUUGUAACCAUUGGCUGUUCUGAGAACCUUUCAAUUGCAAUUUUUGCCAUGGACUCUUUACGCCAAUUAUCAAUGAAAUUCUUAGAGCGGGAAGAGUUGGCAAACUAUAACUUUCAGAAUGACUUUAUGAAGCCGUUUGUUAUUGUUAUGAGGAAGAGUAAUGCUGUUGAAAUCAGGGAAUUGAUUAUCAGAUGUGUCUCGCAAAUGGUUCUCUCUCGUGUCAAUAAUGUUAAAUCAGGAUGGAAGAGCAUGUUCAUGGUUUUCACUACAGCAGCUUAUGAUGACCACAAAAACAUUGUACUCUUGGCCUUUGAAAUAAUUGAAAAGAUUAUUAGAGAUUACUUCCCAUACAUUACGGAGACCGAAACAACUACCUUUACAGAUUGUGUGAAUUGUCUUAUAGCAUUCACCAAUAGUCGAUUCAACAAAGACAUUAGCCUCAAUGCAAUUGCUUUUCUUCGAUUUUGUGCCACAAAACUUGCAGAAGGAGAUCUUGGAUCUUCGUCAAGGAACAAGGACAAGGAAGCCUUAGGGAAAAUUUCAACACCUUCACCUUGGACUGGAAAAGAUGGAAAACAAGAAAAUGGAGAAAUCAUGGAUAAGGAAGAUCAUCUCCAUUUCUGGUUCCCUUUGUUAGCUGGUUUAUCAGAACUUAGCUUUGACCCUAGGCCUGAAAUCAGGAAAAGUGCCUUACAAGUUCUGUUUGAAACUUUACGCAAUCAUGGUCACCUUUUUUCUCUACCUUUGUGGGAAAGAGUCUUUGAGUCGGUCUUAUUUCCUAUAUUUGACUAUGUGCGGCAUGCUAUUGAUCCUGCUGGAGGCGACUCCACCGAUCAGGGGAUUGUUGGUGAUACUGGUGAGCUUGAUCAAGAUGCAUGGCUUUAUGAGACAUGCACCUUGGCUCUUCAACUAGUUGUAGAUCUUUUUGUAAAAUUCUACAACACCGUCAAUCCACUUUUAAGAAAGGUGCUACUGCUUCUGGUUAGCUUCAUUAGGCGUCCUCACCAAAGCCUUGCUGGUAUUGGUAUUGCGGCAUUUGUUCGUUUGAUGAGCAAUGCCGGCGAUCUGUUUUCAGAGGAGAAGUGGUUGGAAGUGGUUUUGUCAUUAAAAGAGGCUGCCAAUGCAACACUCCCUGAUUUCUCUUACAUUGUUAGCGGAGAAGCCUCAGUAAUAAACCAUGAACAAAAUAGUGGAGAGAAUGCUGGUGACGUGCCUGAUGAUGAUUCAGAGGAGCUGAUGACACGGCGUCUUUAUGCUUCUAUAUCUGAUGCAAAGUGUCGAGCUGCUGUUCAACUUCUAUUGAUUCAGGCGGUGAUGGAAAUCUACAGCAUGUUCCGGUCUCACCUUUCAGCAAAAAGUGCCUUGGUGCUCUUCAAUGCUUUGCAUGAUGUGGCAUCCCAUGCUCACAGUAUCAACACCAAUACAACUUUACGUUCAAAGCUACAAGAGUUUGGCUCUAUGACCCAAAUGCAAGACCCUCCGCUAUUACGCCUGGAGAAUGAGUCCUAUCAAAUUUGCCUCACAUUGUUACAAAAUCUUAUACUCGACAGACCUCCAACUUAUGAUGAAGCUCAAGUGGAAUCCUGCCUAGUCAACCUUUGUGAGGAGGUUUUACAGUUUUACAUUGUAACUGCCCUAUCUGGACAGACAUCAGAAACUUCUGCCAGUGGACAACCCCAGUGGCUGAUUCCUUUAGGUUCUGGAAAACGAAGGGAAUUGGCUGCACGCGCACCUCUCAUCGUUGCAACUCUCCAGGCUAUCUGUAGUUUGGGAGAAUCUUCAUUUGAGAAGAACUUGGCUCAUUUCUUUCCUCUUCUUUCGAGCUUGAUAAGUUGUGAACAUGGGUCAAAUGAGGUCCAGGUUGCUCUCAGUGAUAUGCUCAGCUCAUCAGUGGGUCCUGUUUUGCUUCGGUCUUGUUGA